AGUAGAGGAAGCGCAUCAUUGCUACACCUGGAGCUCGUCCAUUCCUAACCUUCUCUCCUUAUCUUAUCGGCCAGCGGGUGGCACAGGGAUACCGAAGUACUGUGACCAUGCGACGGGCCGUUUUCUGUGUGGAUAGGUGAUGAUUCCAACAGUUGACCAUUACGACGACUCGCGAAACUAUCAGUACCUACUGAUUUCGCCACCACAAGUUGGACUCUAUUGAUAUUGGACCACAGACCCAUCCAGCUGCGACCUUUGUUCCGUAUCUCAGCACCGCAUCUCCCUCCUCGUUUGUCCACCACUCGCCAUGGGUAACGACGGAGGCUCCAUUCCCAAACGCCGCGAGCUCGUCAAAGAAGCUGCCCGCGCCCUCACUGUCAGCGAACUGAAAGCGAAUGCCCUCGAGUCCCUUGGACAUGCCUGGAACAAUGACCCCCUGACAGGCCAGCCCCUCGACAAGGACAAUGUAGUCUCGGAUUGGCGUGGGCGCCUCUACAAUUACGAGUCCAUCCUCCAGGGCCUUAUGCCCCCUGACGAUAACACCGAGUCACCGCCGUCCAACCCCGAUUCUGAAGAGCUCACAUUCGCCUCCACCGGCAUCAAAUCAUUGCGCGACAUCGUGAAGCUGCGGUUUCACCGACAUACUCCGCCUGGGACGAAAAAGGAUGUUUGGGCUUGUCCUAUCUCUUUGAAGGAGCUAGGCCCCUCGGUCAAGGCCGUUUACCUCGUUCCCUGUGGCCAUGUGUUCGCCGAGCUUGCUAUCAAGGAGAUUCAAGAGUCGAGAUGUCCCGAAUGUAGCGAAGAGUUCAAAAGCGAGAACGUGGUCCCCAUCUUGCCAGUGGAGGAAUCUGAGCUUAGAAAACAAGUGAAAAGAAUGGACGACUUGAAAGCCGCGGGACUCGCCCACAGCUUGAAAAAAGACAAGAAGGAUAAAAAGAAGAAGCGGAAGGCCGAGGAUGACGCCCAGGAGGGCAGUAAAGCAGACAAAAAGAGGGCAGUAGAUGAGUCGAUCGCCGCAGACUCUGUCAAAAAGGGGGCUUCCGGAAGGAUCAGCGGAAUCAACAAUCCCAUGGCGGCAUCAUUAACAGCCAAGGUGAUGGCCGAGCAAGAAGAGCUCAGCAAGCGGAGAAAGAUGGCCUCCUCGAGAGGGUAGUACCCCGGCGCUGGUAGACAAAUGUGAAGAAAAGCAGUUAUUCCAGACGAUACCCCACCACCCCCAGACAGCAUCAUCGUUCUCAAGAUAACCUACUCUGGGAACGGCGAUUUGUCAAUCAGUGCGCAAUAAAACGGU